GAUGAAAUGUUAGAAGAAACGAAUUGUCUAGAAAUUAUAAACAUCACUGAGAAGAGUCCCACAAAAAACAGCGCUCUUGUAGACGUAAGGGCUUGUAACAAACCUGUCGCAAAGUGUUGAGUUACAGUGCGUCAUGUUGUGGGGAGCUGGUUUUUUUGUUUGUUUGCGCAUACGUUUAUAAUAUGCACUGAAUAUUAUAGUUUGCUGGACGCCUCUACCGUAGUGCAUGCAUUGUUCUAGCACAGGAGUAGUGUGGAACUGUGGAGUAGACAUGACGAAUUCACAGGUAUGGUUCCGCGGUGUCAGGAGUUCCAAGUUCCGCCACGUGUACGGCGUGCCGUUUAAAAGGGAGCGUUGCUAUGACAACGUAAAGAUAACGCGGAAUGCGCACGAUUCCAAUUUCUGCGCGGUCAACCCUAAGUUCGUUGCUAUAGUUACCGAGGUCGCCGGCGGUGGCGCUUUUCUUGUGCUACCCCUAGAUCACACCGGUCGUUUGGACUUCAACGCGAGCAGAGUUACAGGUCACAAAGGCCCCGUUUUGGACAUCAAGUGGAACCCGUUCAACGACAACAUAAUCGCUUCGUGCUCUGAUGAUUGCACGGUUAAACUAUGGCACAUACCGGACGGUGGUCUCUCAAUGCACUUGACCGAGUGGCUGGUGGAACUGCACGGUCACAAGAGACGCGUCGCCUACAUCGAGUGGCAUCCGACGGCCGAGAACAUACUGCUCAGCGCUGGAUUCGAUUCCCUGAUAAUCGUCUGGGACGUGGGCAAGGGGGAGGCUGUGAAGCUGAUCGACUGCCACAGCGACGUGAUCUACUGCAUGUCGUUCAACAGGGACGGCUCGCUCUUGGCGACCACCUGCAAGGAUAAGAAACUGCGGGUCAUCGAACCCCGGCGGGGGAUCGUGCUCUCGGAAGGUCACUGCCACCUGGGCACGAAGGCGUCGAAGUGCACGUUCCUGGGCAGCCGGGGUCGCGUGGUGACGACCGGCUUCUCGCGGCACAGCGACCGCCAGUACGCCGUGUGGGACCAGCACGACCUCGCCAAGCCGCUCGUCUGCGAGACCAUCGACAGCUCCUCGGGGGUCGUCUUCCCGUACUAUGACCACGACACUAACAUGGUAUACCUGGCCGGCAAAGGCGACGGGAACAUCAGAUAUUACGAAGUGGUCGACGAGCCGCCUUACGUGCACUUCCUCAAUCAAUUCCUGUCUGGGAACCCGCAGCGCGGGCUGGGCUUCAUGCCGAAGCGCGGGGUGAACACGAGCGCGUGCGAGGUGUUCCGGUUCUACAAGCUGCACACCUCCAGGGGCCUCUGCGAGCCGAUCUCGAUGAUAGUGCCAAGGAAGUCGGACUGCUUCCAGGAAGACUUGUACCCCGACACGGCCGCCCCCCUGCCCUCGUUGACUGCGAAGGACUGGUUGAGCGGAAUGAACGCACCUCCACUCUUAAUCAGUAUGAAAACAGGAGUGACGAUAUCGACACACAAGCCGAGUACAGGCAACAAGGACGCCCCCGCGCUGCAACCUCAGGACGUGAACAACAGAAAGAAGUUUAUGUUCCUCUCGCGCGAAACCACACCCGACUACCGCCCUCUCAACGCCUGCCCGAACGCACUCAAUCACAACAAUGAAAAUGAGAUACAAGUGAACGAGAAAUCGCAAAAGACGAACGCCAAUCAGAACACGAAGUUCCAUCAGCUUCAACGCAUGUUCGGCAAGCAGACGAACGACGCGGAGCCGGUGCCCCUCUACAAGCAGAUCAACCAGGGAGACGUUUUCAGCACCGAGCACGAGCUGCGCCUGGCCUUCAAUCGUCAAGGAGAAGAACUGAGGAUCGUGAAGAGGCAGCUUCAGAACAGUCAACAGAGAGUGCGGGAGCUGGAACAGCACGUCGCCGCUCUGCAAGCCAAGCUGCAGUGAAACGAAUAUUGCCAUUCGCUUAAUACGCUAACAUCAUGAGGCCUUUGAAUAUUUAUUUAAUUUUAGUACUAGCAUAUUAGUGUUGCCACAAGAAGCUAGCUCUCGCGAAUCUUGUCUUAUUUUUGCUAUAGUUGAAUAGGGUUAACGUAAUAAUUCUUGCAAGUUUCUUAGAUUGACAUUGACGUUUUAGAUUUUAUUUGACAGCUACAUACAGACGGUCACGAUUCCUUUGAAUAUUUUAUAUCGACGGAUGAAAGACUAUUUGGUAAUAGCAUCAACAAUUCGAUAUUUAUAAUCUAUUUACAACUGAAGACAUCAGUGGAUGAAGGGGAUAUGAUACAAAUUCUUAAUUUUGAGAAACCGGGCAAUAAAGUUUUGUUACUUGCACUUUUAUUUCGUACAUAACUCCUUCGUCAUAUGCAAUUUCUAAAAAUAGCCUUUCAACCCGGAGCUUUAAGGUCUAAUAUAGUUUAUGGGCACAUAACACUUUCAUUCAAUGUAAAAACUCAAAAAUCUUAAAAAUUGUACUUAACCGCUUCAUCCACUCAUGUCUUCAAUUAUGUUUACAACAUUAAAAUAGCUAAUGAGCAAAAAAUUCCCUUAAACCAAAUAACCUUACACUCUUCAAUAUAAUGGAAAUAUGUAUCUUUAAUCUAUACAUUUGAAUGUCAGACACUCGCGACCUCCACGGCUAAGGGCUACUAAAUAAUAAAAGUUUACUCGUAUGGUCGUUUAUUACACGUUUUAUUAUUAGACAUUUAUUGAAUAGUGUCAUAAUAUUGUCAUGAAAUAAUAAAAAAAAGUA